GGCCACUUAAUCAUUAAAAAUCAAAUUAUGUUUAAUCAAAAUCUAAUUUAGUCUUAUGAAACAGACAUAUUUUAUGUAUUUGCAAAGUGCUAGUUUAAGUCUAGCUGUUAAUUGCAAAAUAUUUUAUGCCAACACCGUUUUAACCUAACCUAACCUAACCUAACCUAAAAAUUGGCCUCACACACAUGGGAUAAAGCCACAAGGUUUGGCUGGUUUGAUUGAACGAUUUGAUUAUGGCACCUUGUUCCACAUUUUUUUUUCUUUCUAAAAUGUAAUUUGUGGGCUCUUAAUAAGCUAAAAAUUAUAUUAUGAUCAUCCACGUGAUUCCCCCGUGGCGCAUGCAAUAUAGCCGUUGGAGAAUAACAACGCCUUGCUGCCGUGCCACAUGACCCAGUUUCUUCACUAGUAACCGUUCUAAGAACGACUAUGAAAGAAAAAACUAGCCGUUACAAAUUAAGUAGGAAAAAUCUGAUCCUCACUACCUAUCGCUGCUGACUUUGUCUCCCUCGCUUCCUCCAUCCUCUCUUAUAUCAUUUAUUUUCUCCUUCCAAGAAGAUAACAAGAAAUAUCAUAACUUUUUUCUUCUUCUUCAUUCUUUCUUAAUUUCUUUCAGCAAUUUUGCUGACUCUUUCAUGUUCAUGGAAAAUACUUGUUGCUUCCUGAACCAAUUUCACAGCAACAAGUUCUUUAUCUAUGCACAUUUGUUAUUGUUUCUGCUUGCUUUUACUUCUCAUUCUGUUUCAGGCCGUUCAUGGGAUGGGGUGCUUGUCACUCAAGCAGAUUUUCAAUCACUUGAAGCCAUCAAACUUGAGCUCAUAGACUUUAGAGGAGUUCUCCGGAGCUGGAAUGAUACUGGUUCAGGAGCUUGUUCUGGUGGGUGGGCAGGGAUUAAGUGUGUUAAGGGAAAGGUUGUUGCUAUUCAUCUUCCUUUUAAGGGUCUGGGUGGCAGAAUCUCAGAGAAGAUUGGUCAGCUUCAAUCUUUAAGAAAGCUUAGUCUUCAUGAUAAUGUUAUUGCUGGUUCAGUCCCUUGGUCUCUGGGCUUCCUUCCAAAUCUCAGAGGGGUUUAUCUCUUCAAUAACCGGCUUUCCGGUUCAAUUCCUCCUUCAAUUGGUAACUGUCCUAAUCUUCAGACUCUUGAUUUAAGUAACAAUGCACUUACUGGUACAAUUCCUGCUAGUCUUGCUAACUCCACCAGGUUGUUUAGACUUAAUUUGAGCUAUAAUUCCUUCAUGGGUUCUAUCCCAGUACGUCUUACCAGACUGCCUUCUCUUACUAUUCUUGAUCUUCAACACAACAAUCUCUCUGGUUCUAUUCCAAACACGUGGGGUGUUUUAGCAGGAAACAACUCUUACCAACUUCAGUUCUUGAACCUUGAUGAUAAUCUUAUCUCUGGAACAAUCCCAGUUUCCUUGGGCAAAUUGGGAUUGCUUCAAGAGAUUUCUCUGAGUCAUAACAAGAUUGUUGGUCUUCUACCUGAUGAGCUAGGAAAAAUCUCUAAGCUGCAAAAGAUAGAUUUGUCAUACAAUGCUAUAAAUGGCAGCCUUCCUGUUACAUUUACCAAUCUAACCUCUCUCGUUUCACUAAAUCUUGAGAACAACCGCCUUGGUAACCAGAUUCCAGACGGAAUGAAAAAGUUACAAAACCUUACAGCACUCAACCUGAAAAAUAAUAAAUUUGAAGGUCAUAUUCCUGAAAAUCUUGGUAACAUCUCUGGCAUUGGCCAACUCGAUUUAUCUGAAAACAAUUUCACUGGUGAAAUCCCUGCUUCAUUUGUCAACCUAGCCAAUCUUACUUCUUUCAAUGUUUCUUACAAUAAUCUUUCUGGUUCUGUUCCAUCUCUCCUCUCUAAGAAGUUCAAUUCAAGCUCUUUUGUGGGGAACCUUCAGCUAUGUGGCUACAGUAUUUCAACUGUAUGCCCUUCCCUUUCACCUCACAGUUUUUCACCUUCCCCCCAAGAAGUACCAAAACAUCAUCAUCACCAUAAACUCAGCACCAAAGACAUUAUUCUCAUAGGAGUUGGAGCUCUCCUGGCAAUUCUACUUAUCCUGUUCUGUAUUCUGAUCUGUUGUCUGAUGAAGAAGAAGUCCACUUCAAAAGAAAAGAGUGGUAAAUCUGCAGUUGGGAAAGCUGUUGAGAAGGAAGCUCCAGUGGUUGGCCCCCAAGUUGAAUCAGGUGGUGAAAUGGGUGGGAAAUUAGUCCAUUUUGAUGGUCCAUUUUUGUUCACAGCUGAUGAUUUGUUGUGUGCAACUGCGGAGAUAAUGGGAAAGAGUACCUAUGGAACUGCCUACAAAGCAACAUUAGAAGAUGGUAGUCAAGUUGCUGUGAAGAGAUUAAGGGAGAAGACUACAAAGGGACAGAAAGAGUUUGAAGCUGAGGCUGCCGCUCUUGGAAAGAUUCGCCACCCAAAUCUCUUAGCCCUCAGGGCCUAUUACUUGGGACCAAAAGGAGAGAAACUCCUUGUUUUUGAUUACAUGGCCCAAGGGAGUCUUGCAUCUUUCCUCCAUGCUCGUGGGCCAGAAACUGUCAUCAAUUGGACGACGAGGAUGAAUAUAGCUGUAGGUGUGGCGCGUGGAUUAAACUACCUCCAUACACAAGAGAACAUGAUACAUGGCAAUCUCACAUCCAGCAACAUACUAAUAGACGAGCAGACUAAUCCUCACAUUGCGGACGUUGGUCUCAAUCAUUUAAUGACUGCUGCUGGCAACACUAAUGUUAUUGCCACUGCAGGAACACUCGGAUACCGGGCACCAGAGCUCUUGAAGCUGAAGAAUGCCAGCACGAAGACGGAUGUCUACAGUCUAGGAGUGAUCAUUUUAGAGCUCUUAACUGGGAAGUCCCCUGGUGAGUCAAUGAAUGGGAUGGAUUUACCGCAGUGGGUGGCCUCAAUUGUGAAGGAGGAAUGGACAAAUGAGGUGUUUGACUUGGAGCUCAUGAGGGAUACCCAGACAACAGGGGAUGAUGAACUGCUUAACACAUUAAAAUUAGCUCUGCAUUGUGUGGAUCCAUCACCUGCAGCACGUCCAGAAGUUCAACAAGUUCUGCAACAACUAGAGGAGAUUAAACCAGAGCUAGCAGCAGCUGCUAGUUCUGGAGAUGAUGCUAAAGUCCCAGGCCUCCCAAGUGAAUAGAACUACAGUCAUUAUUACCUACCACUAUACAUUAUUUUUUAGGUUCAGGAAUAAAAGGGAUUUUGAUUAUUUUGUAGCAGCAGAUAGUUGUUGAAUUCAUAUUAUUUUUUAAUUUAUGUAUGUAUAUAUGUAUAUGUAAGUUGAAGUGGGUUGAAUUUAUUCAUUGUAUGCAUUCUUUUUUUCUAAGUCAAUAAUGAAUUUAUUCAUUAUAUAUGUAUUCAUCAUGUUUAUGUACUAAACAAAAAUAAAAUUAAGAGAUUGCUUUUU